AUGAGGGAUGAUCGUAGUUUUAGGUUGUUGUGGACCAAGCCUCUGGUGAGGCAUCCCAUUCGUGGGCUAAUAACCUAUGUGACAGGGAUCCUUCCCUCCUUGUUGCAGUUAUUGUUCAUAGUUGUCAUUACCUUGGUACCCAUCUCCACCUUCAUCAGGUUGGUGGUAUGGGUCAGCAUCAUUGUAAUUUCCUGGGUCAUCUAA